ACGUCUCACUCACAGGCCUCACCCCCAACUCAUCUGCUCCUCUUUGGCUUCUCUUUCAGUCGCUGUAGUCUUCGCCAAUGGGGGCGCUGAGACUGCCAUCUUUCGCCUCCAUCUUCGCCACCACCUCGUCCACCGCCACCGGCUCGCCAUCGCUUUUCGCGCGGCACCGCCACCUGCUCCGCCACCGUCCACGGCUGCUCCCCGCAACUGCUAAUUUCUCCGGACAGAGCACAGCCGAGAGGACGGAAGAACGAGACGCGUCGAACCAGAAGGCCCGAGGUAUAACGCCGAGGUCGCAGGAUUUCAAUGCUUGGUACCUUGACGUCAUUGCCAACGCCGAGCUCGCCGACUACGGCCCGGUGCGGGGCACUAUGGUCAUUCGCCCCUACGGCUAUGCCAUUUGGGAAGCAAUUCAGGAUUAUAUGAAUGUUAAGUUCAAGGAGACCGGGCAUAGCAACAUGUAUUUUCCACAGUUUAUACCGUACUCCUUCAUAGAGAAAGAAGCUAGCCAUAUUGAGGGUUUCAGUCCAGAAUUGGCACUUGUGACUAUUGGAGGAGGAAAGGAACUUGAAGAAAAACUUGUGGUCCGACCCACCAGCGAAACCAUUGUGAAUCACAUGUUUACUCAAUGGAUUCACAGCUACCGUGACCUUCCACUUUUGGUCAAUCAGUGGGCAAAUGUUACAAGAUGGGAGAUGCGCACCAAACCCUUUGUGCGAACUCUUGAAUUCCUUUGGCAGGAGGGUCAUACUGCCCAUGCCACUUUCCAGGAGGCAGAGGAGGAGGCAUUACAGAUGAUUGAUGUCUAUACAAAAUUUGCUUAUGAACACGCUGCAAUACCUGUUAUUGCAGGUCGGAAAUCAAAGAUGGAGACUUUUGCUGGUGCUUCCAAAACCUAUACAAUUGAGGCUAUGAUGGGAGAUCGGAAGGCUCUUCAGGCUGGAACCAGCCACAACCUUGGUCAAAAUUUUUCUCGUGCUUUUGGAACACAGUUCACUGAUGAAAAUGGACAAAGGCAACAUGUAUGGCAAACAUCAUGGGCUAUCAGCACUCGUUUUGUUGGUGGUAUUAUAAUGACCCAUGGUGAUGAUGCUGGUUUAAUGCUUCCCCCAAAGAUUGCCCCAAUACAGGUGGUAAUUGUACCAAUUUGGAAGAAGGAUGAAGAGAAAACAGGAGUUCUGAAUGCUGCAUUAUCUACGGAAGAGAUUUUGAAGGGUGCAGGCAUUAGAGUAAAACUUGAUGACUCAGACCAGAGAACGCCAGGAUGGAAAUAUAAUUUCUGGGAGAUGAAGGGUGUCCCUCUAAGGAUUGAAGUUGGCCCCCGUGAUGUUUCAAGCAGGACUGUAGUCAUAUCUAGGAGAGACAUUCCUGGAAAAGAAGGAAAAGUUUUUGGGAUAUCUAUGGAGGCUUCCGUUUUGGUAGCUUAUGUCAAUGACAAAUUGGAUGAGAUCCAGUCGUCCCUUCUGCAGAGGGCAACUUCAUUUCGAAAUUGCAACAUUGUGGAUGUGAACUCGUAUGAUGAGUUGGCAGCUGCAAUUAGUCAGGCAAAAUGGGCAAGGGGUCCGUGGUCAGCUAGCGACAAGGACGAGCUAAGGGUGAAAGAAGAGACGGGGGCAACUCUCAGGUGUUUUCCUUUCGAACAGCCUGAAGGCAGGAAGAAAACAUGUUUGAUGACUGGCAAUCCAGCAGAAGAAGUUGCAAUUUUUGCCAAAUCAUAUUGAAUCCCCAUUAUCUUAUUAGCAUCAACUCCUUGUGUUCCUCACAGUAGAGUUCAUGUUUUAGGUUGCACCAAGCUGUGUAUUUUUAUGACUUCUUUUGAGUGUCUUAGGCUGAUAGAUCCAAAAUAGUUCAUUGUUUCUAAAUAAGUCUUUCUCAUGAGUCCAUGUUAACUGAAAUGAUUUGAGUGUGAUUCAAAUAACUGACUGACACUUCUUGUUUGCUCAAUAAUGUGAUGAACUCAACAUAUAGUAGUAGUAAUAA